AUGAAAUUUUCCACUAUUGCUUUAUCUUUGCCAUUAAUUGCUAUGGUUCAAGCUGGUAUUUCCAGUCCUACUUAUUAUAAACCAGAACAUACUGAAGUUACUGGGGUUGAAACUGUUGAUUAUGAGUUUGCUUUAGGAGUCAGAGAAAAAUGUGAUGAAGAUAUCAUUUAUUUAGUUUAUGAAGUUGAUGAUGGUCAAUUGGAACGUAAUGAUAAGAAAGUUGAUUGCAACUGCAAAUCCGAACCAGUUAUUUAUCCAACCCCACGUCCAAGUAAAACUUAUUGGAGUGGUGGUGACGACGGCGAAUGUGAUGAAGAUUGUGAUGAUGAACACAAAAAAAAGGGAUAUAAACGUGGUGAAGUUGAAGAACCAUGUGAAACUCCUACUUGUGAUUACUGUACUAUUGAGAAAUCUUUCUGUCAAGAUCAUUUUACUUUAUGUGAUGGUGUUUUGAAAGAUCAACGUUCAGCUAUUGGUUCAAUUGUUUCCAAUCAUCAAUUCCAAUUUGAUAAUCCAGUUCAAAAGGAUGCCUUAUAUACUUGUGGUUGGUCAAUUGUUGAAAAAGAUUGUGUUAAAUUGUUAGCUCUUGAUGGUUGUACUGAUUUCUGGGAAUGUCCAGUUGAUGAUUGUGGUACUUACAAAUUAUAUAAUUCUGCCAUUGAUUCCAAAUGUAAGGAAAUUGAAAUCAUUGUUAUUUUAUUUGAAGAAGAAGAAGAAGAAGAAAAGAAGAAGAAGCAUACAUCUUGGUAA